UCUCUCUCUCUCUCUCUCCCACGAUUAUUGUCUCCACAUUCCACUCCACUCUCUCCAAACCUCACCACCACAUUCAAAUUCUCUCCCUCUCCUCAAACCAACCAUCACUACAAAAACCAACCAACCAGCAUCAACCUCAAAAAAACACUCUUUCUCUGUCUUCUACAAAACCACAUUCACACUCCUCCACAAAGUUCUCUCCUUUCUCACACAAUCACCAACCCAUUUCCUUCAAACCCUCAAAACCAACCUCCAUUCAUCUGGGUCUCUCUCAAAAUCCAACCUUGAUGAUGGAUUCUUCUUCCUCUCCUCUCUCUCUUCAAACCCCUUUAACACAAUCCUCUCCAAAACCCACCAAAAAAACCUUACUUUCAUCUCUAAUCGGCACCAACACCCCUUCAUCUCUCACAACACCUUCCUUUCAAGAAGACAACUACUUCAUCAACCUCCUCAAAUCCUCAGAGAAAAAAGCACUUCAAGACCUCAAAAAACACCUCCUUGAAUCCUCUUCCUCAUCCAAUGAACUUACCAUGUGGGAUGUUCCUCUUCUUGGUGGUGACGACAGAGCUGAUGUAAUCCUCUUGAAGUUCCUCAGAGCAAGAGACUUCAGAGUCAAUGAAUCCCUCAACAUGAUCCUAAAGUGCUUGUCUUGGAGAAAAGAGUUCAAAGCUGACACCAUAGUGGAAGAGGAUUUAAGUCAGUUCAAGGAGCUAGAAGGUGUUAUAGCUUAUAUGCAAGGCUAUGAUAAAGAGGGUCACCCUGUUUGUUACAAUGCUUAUGGUUUGUUUAGAGAUAAGGACAUGUAUGAGAGGUUCUUUGGUGAUGAAGAGAAGCUCAAGAAGUUUCUUAGGUGGAGAGUUCAAGUUCUUGAAAGAGGGAUUAGGCUUUUGCAUUUUAAGCCAGGUGGUGUUAAUUCUCUUAUUCAAGUAACCGAUCUUAAAGAUAUGCCUAAAAGAGAGUUGAGGGUUGCUUCUAAUCAUAUUAUGUCACUUUUUCAAGAUAAUUACCCUGAAAUGGUUGCUAGAAAGAUCUUCAUCAAUGUGCCAUGGUACUUCAGCAUGUUGUAUUCAAUGUUUAGUCCUUUUUUGACUCAAAGGACUAAAAGCAAGUUUGUGAUCUCAAAAGAAGGAAGUGCUGCUGAGACACUCUACAAAUUCAUUAGACCUGAGGAUAUUCCUGUUCAAUAUGGAGGGCUGAGUUUUCCCAGUGAUUUGCAAAAUGGUCCCCCAAAACCUGCUUCUGAAUUCACUGUCAAAGGAGGAGAGAAAGUGAAUAUACAAAUAGAAGGAAUUGAGGGAGGUGCAACUAUCACUUGGGACAUUGUUGUUGGAGGCUGGGACUUAGAAUACAGUGCUGAGUUUGUUCCAAAUGCUGAAGGAAGCUACACUAUAGCUGUUGAGAAACCAAGAAAGAUUGGAGCCUCAGAAGAAGCAAUCCACAACUCAUUCACAUCGAAAGAGUCCGGCAAAAUGAUACUAUCGGUCGAUAACACUGCCUCUAGGAAGAAAAAGGUCGCCGCGUAUCGUUACGUCGUCCGAAAAUGCACCGCAACUUGAAGGAUCGGGUGUUCGGAAACCCUAAUUUGCGCGGCGGGAAUCGAAGCUAUGAACUUAAGUAGCUUUUAAUUUUAAUUUUUGCUAAUGAUGUUUUUUUUGUUUUGUUUAAACCUUUGUUUUAUGGUUUUGAACUUUUUGAUGGCAUGUUUAAAUUUAGAGGUAUUAAUAUUAAUUAACUAGUAUUAAUAUUAA